AACAUCGACAAGACUCCACAGCGCAACAACCCAGAAGACAGAAAUCUUCAAAGGAGUUUCUAUUUUCGUCAUAAACAUACUUGCCUGGAAUAACUUCAAUUGCUGGACUUCGCAGAACCCUGCAAAAAGCAUUCAUGUAGAGCCUACAGACGUUUGAGCUGGUUGUAAACGGACUUCGGCUAAUCAGUCUUUUUCCUGGUUAUCAGUAUGUUUAAUAAGGUACCAUUCAGUAAAAAAAGACACAUAUUCCUUAUAUCGAAUGAUUUUAUGUGAAGAAUGUUCAAAUAAAUGUAAUCAGAGGUUGUUAUGAUAGCGGUAUCUCACGGCGAAGAUAAUAAUUGGAGAGAAUUACGAAACGAAGAAAUAACAGUGCACGAAUGAGUUUAAUCAUAGUUCGAAAUGGUGCGCGUGGUGAUUGUUUAUUUGUUUGUGUUCUUAUGCUUGACAGUAAAACAGGCGAGGACAGAAUACUGCCCCAGUAAUUGUACGUGUCUAAGUAAGUCAGGGGCAGAAUGUAAGGAUCUGUUAAUUGAUGGAAUAAUACCAGAAGAGGAGAAAAUUAAAACUAAUCUAACGAAACUCCACUUCUCUGGAAAUAAAAUUGGUUUAUUAAAUGGUUUAAUCUUCUCAAAAUGGAGUAAAUAUUACCCGCAGUUUAUUAAUCUUUCUGGCAAUAACAUUGUUGAAGUCGAAACAUUUGCUUUCAACGGAUUUUCAGAACUUGAGGAUUUGGAUUUGUCAAGAAAUAACAUAUCUGUUAUUAAUUCAACAGCAUUUAGUACUAACCAGAAACUGGUAUCUUUGUGGUUGACAAAUAACAGUUUAACAGAAAUCCAUAAUUCCACCUUCAGCAACUUAGAAAAUCUACGGAACUUGAAUUUAUCUAACAACAUUAUUUCUUCAAUCGAGCCAGAAACAUUUCAUAACAAUGAUAAUCUUGAAUCUCUGUGCUUGGCCAACAACAGAUUAACAAUAAUAGAUCCAGACACAUUUCAGAAACAGUCUAAUCUUUCAUGUCUUGAUCUGUCAGGAAACAAAAUUCGGCAAAUUGAAGGAAGAAUAUUUUAUAACAACACGAAACUUAAAUCACUUUUGUUAGCUAACAACGAAAUAUAUUCUUUUAAUUUUAAAGAAUAUCUUCCUUUAAGCAUUACGCAUAAUAUCUCAGUUAAAUACUUUGAACUGGAACUCUUGGAUUUGAGCGGUAAUUGUUUAUCAGCUCUGGAUGACACGUCAGUGAAUUUGUUGCGAAAUUCUACAGCCUUUGUGGAUCUUACAGACAAUCCUUGGUUUUGUGACUGUUCCUCAUCGAAGAGUGUGUAUAAAAUAUUAAGUGAAGACAUAACGUUAAACUGUGCUACUCCAGAGCAUUUAAAAGGAAAUAUAUGCCCGGAUUUGAAGGAUCCUUGUCAUAGUGUUACGUCUACUUCAGAAACUGUUAGUAGCUUGGACCAUGAAACACAAGUGGGUUCGACAGAAGAUGGCGAAAAUGAAAAAAUUGAAAACAUGACUAGAUCAGGACCUCUUCUGAGAGCAAAUGUUGUUAUUUUUGGAAUUUAUGCAUCCACAAUUUGCGCGGUAAUUAUCGUGGUUCUUAUUAUUACACGCGCUGUUGGUAAACCUGAACCAGAUGAGUUUUGGUGGGAGGAUAAAGUGGCUAAGAGGAAUUCUGAAGAAGAAGAAGAAGAAGAAGAAGAAGAAGAAGAAGAAGAAGAAGAAGAAGAAGAAGAAGAAGAAGAAGAAGAAGAAGAAGAAGAUACAGUGCUGUGAAAAAGGUUUGGUCUUGUUGGCGGCGAAAGUUUCCACGUCUGCAGUCGGAGACUGUAAUUAUUGAAAAAUUCUGGGACGAGCCUAGAUCAGCCAGUACAAACUGGAAUCGGGCCGGACGAACUUGUUUUGAUUCCCGACAUCGGCAUAAUUUUUCUUUUUUGCUACAAGCUCUGGGAUCCACUUAGCCGUCUGUUCAGUGGCUGCUGGGACCAAGAUGGUAGAUGAAGUUCUAGAAUGCUUGGAGCUGUGCCUCCACGACCCCUCCCUCUGGGCGUUUAUGGCGUAAUCCGUAAUCACAAGUACAAUAUUACGUGGCGGUUGUUGGAAAGAUUAGUAAGAGGAGUGGCAAUUCUUGAGUGUAUUCCGUGUGUACUUUUUAGCACGCCUGCCAUGUAUUUGAGAAGUCCCGGGUUUAAAUGUCGGGACUGAAACUGGGUAUCCUGACUGAGGAUUUCUUCAGUUUCACCGGGCAUAUGCUGAAAGUAUCUUAAAUCAGGCCACGACCACUUGUUUGCAAAUUAUUACCAGUUUAUUAAUGAUGCCAUUCAGUGCUGUGUAGUCUGAACUGCUGCCAGCGUCGU